AACCCCUGUCCCAAAAUGCCAUCUAUCCAGCUGCCACUGCUACUCCUCUGCUCGACCUUGUGGGGUGUUUGCCUCAAUGGGAGACAGCCCCUUCCAGAGGAGAGUGAGACCAUGAGAAGGAGUCCUCUGGAUGACAUCCUUCAGAGAUCUGAAAGCCUCAUUUUUCAGUCUGUCCUCAAGAAAGCUGAAAAGAAUGAAGAAACUAAUAAAGAAUCAAAAGCCCCUCUGCCAGAACAGCUUUCCAAAAGACAACACCCUGGCGAGAAGUACCUAAGUAAACUGAAGAGACAGCACCCUGGAAAAAGAGAUGUUGAGAAAGACACAUCUUAUGGAGACAUUCAGAAGAGGCAGCAUCCAGGGAAAAGAGAGAAAGAAGAUGACCUUGAUGUCUAUCUGGAGCUGAAAAAGCAACAGCCUCCUGGCAGGUCACUGUUGGAUCAGAUUGCUGACAGCCCCAGGGCACAGCUAACCUAUAUGAAUGAGUUAUCCAAAAGACAGCAUCCAGGCAGAAGGUAUCUGAUGUACGAGCACCAGUACCCUAGCAAAAGAGGAUGGAAUUACAAGGUAGACCUAAAUGACCAAUAUGGUGAGAAACGCCAGCAUCCUGGAAAAAGGCACUGGAAUUCUGACAGCUCAGAUGACACAGGCCCCUGCAACUUUUUUGAGUUAUUCACCUGUAACAAAGGCAGCUUGUUGCUUGAUUUAGUAGAAGAUGUUAGCAGAGACAGGGUAGAAGAAAAACGUCAGCACCCAGGAAAGAGAUCAGUAUGGGAGAGUGAAACAGGAAUGAGAAAAUAA